AUGGAUGAUGACUUCUUGUCCCAAAUAGUAAAUGACUCCAACUUCGUCGCUUACAUGAAGGUCGCCUUGGACGAUGACCCUCGCAAGCUCGGGGAGUUUAUGUGGCUAUGCUAUCAGCUCAUCGAGCCUUCGGAUAUUGAGAUCCUCAACGAGGCUAUCCAGGCGACGCAACAGGCGGUAGAACAUAGCCAAGACUUAGGUCUAAGUGAUCACUCUCAACUAUACUUCGACUUGGGAGUUCGCCUCAAGGCUCGUGCGAACCUAACCCACUCCCUUGAUGAUAUCAGUCAGGCGAUGUCGGCCUUUGAGGCUGCUGUUGAUCUCACGUCAGACGAUGAUCCCGACCAGCCUGAGCGCCUCAAUCGACUGGGUGCUUCGCAAAUAGAGUACUUCAGACGUGUCGGAAAGAUCGAUGACCUCAAUAGUGCUGUCACAGCAUUCCGUCGCGCCUUCAACCUCCGACCGGAAUGCCACCCCGAUAGACCGAUGAUAUUGAACAACCUGGGCAGCUCGCUUCAAGCGCGCUUCAAGCAGACCGGGGUGCUUGAUGAUAUCGAGCAGGCCGUCUCGUCGCAUCGUCACACGGUCGAGCUUACACCAGAUGGCCACCCUGACAAGCCAUCGCGGUUCAACAACCUCGGCAACUCUCUCUACACUCGCUUUAAGCGCACCGGGGAGCUUGAUGAUAUCGAGCAGGCCGUCUUGUCGCAUCGUCACGCGGUCGAGCUUACACCACAUGGCCACCCUGGCAAGCCAUUGCGGUUCAACAACCUCGGCAACUCACUCCACACUCGCUUCGAGCACACCGGGGAGCUUGACGAUAUCGAGCAGUCCGUCUUGUCGCAUCGUCGCGCGGUCGAGCUCACACCAGAUGGCCACCCAGACAAGCCAUCGCGAUUCGGCAGCCUUGGCGGCUCGCUCCAUGCUCGCUUUCACCGCACCGGGGAGCUUGAUGAUAUCGAGCAGGCCGUCUCGUCGCAUCGUCGUGCGAUUGAGCUCACACCAGAUGGCCACCCCGACAAGCCGGGGCAGUUCAGCAACCUUGGCGGCUCGCUCCACACUCGCCAUGGGCGCACCGGAGAGCUUGACGAUAUCGAGCAGGCCGUCUCGUCGCAUCGCCGCGCGGUCGAGCUCGCACCGGAUGGCCAUUACAACAAGCCAGCAUAUUUCGGCAACCUCGGCGGCUCGCUCCACACUCGCUUUGAGCGAACCGGGGUGCUUGAUGAUAUCGAGCAGGCCGUCUCGUCGCAUCGUCGUGCGAUUGAGCUCACACCAGAUGGCCACCCCGACAAACCGGGGCUGUUCAGCAACCUGGGCGGCUCGCUUCACACUCGCUUUCAGCGCACCGGGGAGCUCGAUGAUAUUGAACAGGCCAUCUCGUCGCAUCGUCGCGCAGCUGAGCUCACACCAGAUGGCCACCCCGACAAACCGGUGCUGUUCAGCAACCUCGGCAUCGCGCUUUGCGCGCGCUUCAAGCGCACCGGGGAGUUCAACGAUAUCGAGCAGGCCAUCUCGUCACAUCGCCGCGCAGUCGAUCUUACACCGGAUGGCCACCUUGGCAAGGCAUCGCGCUUGAUGAAACUGGGUUCUUCGUUCAGAGCACGUCACGAGCAUGACAGCAGUGAGAUUGAUUGUACAGCUGCUAUCGCGUGUUACAUGGAGGCCACAGUCCACACGUCUGGCAGUCCCUCACUUCGUCUUGCUUCUGCCUCUCGCUGUAUCCGCCUGCUGCGCCAGAACCCCUCAGUAAGCACCACAGACUCGCUCUUGUCAGCACACUCGCGCAUCAUCGCUGUUCUACCGGAAAUCGUCUGGCUUGGAUAUGAUAUACAGCGACGCUACGCAGAAUCAUCUCGUGUGGGCAAACUUAUUAAUGACGCAGUCUCUGCAGCUAUCGCUGCUGCUGCCCUCACAUUGGCUGUAGAGUGGCUUGAGGCGGGCAGGUCGCUCAUCUGGGCUCAGGUCUUGUCCCUCCGCACACCGCUUGACGAGUUGAACGAGUCCUAUCCGGAACUCGCGAAAUCUCUUCGCCGCGUUCAACAAGGCCUCCGGUCAUCCGCGAGAAGCUCUUUUGCUCCUGAGAUGAUGAUAGUCAGUGAUGUUCCUGGGCUCGCAACCAAUCAAGCGGCCGAUGCCCAUCGCGCGCUAGCUAUUGAGCACGACGACCUAUUGAAGAAGAUUCGCGCGUGCCCUGGGUUUCAAGACUUCCUACGUCCGAAGUCGUUCGACGCGCUCUCAGCCUCCUUCAAGUCAUUGAAUAACCCCGUCGUUUUCAUAAACGUGAACGUGGAUCGUUGUGACGCUCUCUGUUUAUACCCCAGUGGCGAGAUCACGCUGGUUCCACUACCUUCUCUCACGCUCGAUCGGGCGACAAAACUAUCCGCGCUCUGGAGCAGGAUUCUGAGGAACCACAUGGUUCGUGCACGAGGCGCUGUUCGCUGGGAUGGGGUGGAGGGCCUGCCCCUCUUACAUCGUGCUCUGGAGCGUAUAUGGACAUGGAUCGUCAGCCCUGUCUUAGACGCUCUUGAUCUUGCUAGCCUUGUUCACGGAGAACAGUUGCCGAACAUCACUUGGUGCCCGACUGGGCCGCUCACACAACUACCUCUGCACGCGGCAGGUGUUUACAGCAAGCCGGAUGGCCCACGUGCUUUCGAGUUCAUCGUCUCUUCAUAUACGCCGUCCUUAUCCGCGCUUCUACGCAGUCAUCAAGCGACCGCAACCCUAGUCUCGACAGCAAAUGCGCUGAUCGUGACGCAGCCAGCUACUCCGCGCCUGCCUCCCCUACCAGGCACCAAAGCCGAAGGACGAAAGCUGCGGGACUUCUUAGGUAGCUUGGACAUCGCGACUGAGCUGUUGGAGCACGAGCAGGCGUCCACCGAUUCCGUGAGCCAAGAUAUCGGUCGAUACUCGUGGGUACACCUCGCGUGCCACGGAUCCCAGAAUCCCGCAGACGCGACGAAGAGCGCGUUUCACCUCUACGACGGUCCGUUGACGCUCUCGGACCUCAUGGGCACCGUAUCCGAGAACGCCGAACUCGCUUUCCUAUCGGCAUGUCAGACCGCUGUGGGCGACGAAAAGGUACCCGAGGAAUCCGCUCACCUAGCGGCAGGCAUGCUCGCCGUCGGCUUCAAGGGCGUCGUGGCGACGAUGUGGUCCAUUGGAGACGCCGACGCGCCCGUCGUCGUCGAAGCGUACUAUAAGGAGCUCAUCGCCCUGCGUGAUGCUGGCGUUCUCAGGAGAGGGGAGACGGGCGCGGCAUAUGCGCUGCAUGCGGCCACGAGGGUCCUGCGGGAGAAGGUGGGCGAGGCGGCGUUCAUGCGAUGGGUUCCAUUCGUCCAUUUCGGAGUUUGA